UUGGCCUCUCUAAGCGUUGCCGCGUAAGACUGAAGAACCCGCUCAAACUCGUCACAUUUUGCAAAUCGGUACCAUCAAAAAUACAUGCAUCAGCUGUCACACCAUUGCCUACCAUACCCUUGGCCUACUCUCUCAUCAGCAAGCAGCAAGGGCAACCAACAAACAAACCCACAACCAGAGUUGUUGCUUGUCGGUUCAUUGCUGUGUCGGAUAAUAGCGUCAAGACCCUACUAUUGGUAGGGAUACCAUCGGAGUGGCUAACACAGGUGACGACCACAGCGGUGCGCAUCGGAGAAUUUUCCACUCACCUUGCUGACCUGAGCAAAGAGAGUGACCACGGCCGCAAAAGUAUUCACACAAUCAAUAACGGGGGAUUGGUUUUUCCAGAGUUUGGGAGUCUAUUGCAAUUCUCAUCAUCGAUCUUGGAUCCUGAACUGUGGGUAGCAUACUGUAGUAGCCAACGGGUAGCAGUACCGUCAUUAUAUUUUUCAGGCGCAGGCGAUCAUGAUGCACCCUCAGCAACCGUCCAGCACGGAUUGUGCCACACCAGCAAUCCACAGCAACGAUCAUUCUCCCGACUACAAAGCAGCAGCCAUGCUGGAUGAUUCGGAUGCUACCUCCCUCACGACAACCUCCACCCAUGGCACUAAUAGCAGGACACCAUCUCCGUUUGCCAGUGACAUUCCCAACAUCAACCCCAACUCCUUAUCCAUGGCAUCAUCAUCCUCUUCACCUGCAGGCACGGCUACAUCAAGUAGAGAUGGGUUAUCCACUCCUUAUUCCAUGUUCUCGGCCUUUUUAUCGUCCACUCCUUUGCAACGACGAGAGCACGUUGUGGAUGAUAGUCCUCCCAGCUUUGGUGUGACGCCACUGGCCACAGGCCGAUCUCUCAGUAGCAGUGAUAACCGCAUGUUUGUGGAGCAUCAAGGCUCUUGGUCAGACUCAGAUGACUAUUAUGUGGACAACAAUAGCAGUAGCAACCAUGAUCAGGACCACUCGAUGCAAGACACUCCCGUUCGACGAGGGUCACCAACUUGGAGAAUCCAACAAGCGCUGUUUCCAGAAGAAGAAACGGAAAACUUGGCACCCGGCUUUGCUUGCAAGAACACCCGAAAGACCCGCCGAACAUACAACCGGUCCAUCAGUGAUUCCCCCACUGAAUGUGCCUCCAAUGCGUCAUCGUCCACCAAGGAGGAACCGGUUCGUACACGACGAUCCAGACGGUCCGUGACAGCCGAAACAUGCCGUCCCGAACAUCGACGUCGCAAUUCGACGGGAGGUAACAAGCUUAAGGUCUUGCAACAGGAUGGCCGCUGCCGAAAGCAUUCUCAACAGUACUAUUACACGGAAGAAGCACCUCCCAACAGCCACUCCAAGUCGAAACGAUGGAAAAAGAAGCAAGGUCGACACUCGUCCAGAAAGAUGGAGCAUCUCUCCUCCACCAUACUAGAAGAUCGCCUCGCGCAAUCUGCGACAACUGCAAAUGCCAUUCAGGUCGAAGCAGCAACUCGGACACCUCCUUUUUCAUGGAGGGCUGUGCUCUGUCGAGUGCGCUUGGUGACUCUAGUCUGGGGCCUGGUGGCAGUUGGCGUCACUUCUCUAGGUCGGGCGGCAAUGUUGGCGACGGACAGUUUUGAUUUUGGCGGUCGGCAAUCACCCCGUAUGCACCAUCCACAAGUGGGUCCUCCCACGGGUGGUCUUCGGGGUUCGUUGUUGCUGGCUACCGUCGGACGUCAGCCAUCUCAUUCCGGUUCGCAGGACCCACCAAAGAGCACUACCAGCAAAAAGGAACAGACCAAGGAUGCCAAAAAUAAGAAAAAGAGCGACAAGAAGAAAGAAAAGGAAACUGACAAGCAGAAGCGCAAUCCACAAAAGACAGCCAAACCGAAAAAGGAGGACAAGAGAAAAACCACUGCACCGACGUCAACCGUUGUCAAGAAGGACAAGAAGAUGACAUACAACCGAGUUCGAAAGUCACCGAGAGUGUCGUUUGUUGCCCGACCGCCACCCUUGGAGACAACAGACUACAAACUUGCCAAUGCCUACCGGUUUGAGCUUCACGAUAUGUCCAUGUUUGGGUCGCCCACGCCAUCAUCUUCGACACAUCAUCGAGUUGUGAUGCUUCACGAUGACUUUGGCAAACCAAAUGAAAAGCAUGGUCCAGUAGAGCAAUAUCCUGCUGAUUUCACGGACAAUACGCAGUUUUAUGGGCGGCUGGACUCGUCGGAUGAGCGCUUGCGCAAAAUGGAGCUGCGCGAACCGUACGUCCAGGGCGAGUGUGUUCCAAUGCAGGAUUGGCAAACGAACUUUCAUCCGUCUUGCAAUGGCGUGCAUGAAUUGGGAGUGGAGUAUCUGGGCGAAGAAUCCACGGAAACCGACGUUCAGCUGUUUGGAACCAAGGGGUACUGGCGGUACGCAUGGCGCCUCGAUUUGCGAAAACAAAUGAAACAAAGCAACGGAAACAAUGACGAACAGACAUUAUUUGGGGAUCGAGUCGUUCUGAAGACAUUGAAAUUCCGACAUGAUUUUGAAGAUGCUCAUUUCGAGCACGAUCGCAUUGACGCGGUGGCUAUGGAGCGGUUAACAUCCUCGCCCCACGUGAUCAAUGCCUUUGGAUUCUGUGGCCACUCGGUAUUGACCGAGUACGCCAACGGACCCCGCUUGGGAGAGCUAGCCGACAAGUCCAAGUCCAAACCCUUGGCAAGGUUAAGGAUUGCCCGAGACAUUGCCAACGGUCUCGCGGAUGUUCACGGCAUUGACAAUGCAGAUGGCAACAAUGCCACCUUUGUGCAUUUGGAUAUCAAUCCAGCCAAUGUCGUUAGCAUUGGAGGAACACUGAAGCUCAAUGACUUCAACAUUGGCAUCAUUCGACGAUGGAACACUACGUCGCAGGAACCGUGUGGGUUUCCAGCACAAUAUCCCAAUCCUCAGUGGCGAUCUCCAGAAGAAGCCCGCAAUGAAAAGAACUUGACCGAGAAAGUGGAUGUGUUUUCUAUGGGACACAUUUUCUUUCGCCUAAUCUGUGGCCAUGAACCGUGGAACAAGUUGGAACCUGGUGGUAGGCCGUCCAAGGAGGAAGUAAAUGCCAAGGUGCAACAAGGUCAGAUGCCGUUUGUUCCUGAUUCCGUGAGGAAAACAACCGACCCUGAGGUCGCAGCCAUUAGAGAUGCUAUGCUCGACUGUUAUAGGGCUGACCCAUCGGACCGUCCAAAGUCCCGAGACAUUGCAAAACGGCUGGAAGCUGUGUUGGAGAAGCUCUCCACCACAAAAGCUGUCUCUCCGCUAUUGAGCUAGUUUUGCUUAUCUCAUAGAACAAACGUCUGUUAUGAAUGAACGCACAGUCUUUUUCUUUUAGUAGAAUACAGACAUGAAUUAAUGAUACUUGGGACAGUAGGAAGAUUGCUGGCUAUUGGCACAGAAAGUUGAUGUAUGUAUGCUGGCUUUAGAACGGAGGA